AUGGAUGGAGUGAAGGUCCCAGGUAUCGAAAAUCUUAAGAAGGAUUUCGAGGCUGCCAAGAAAUUCAUUUUUGACGCAGUUGCCAAUUCCAACUUUCAAGCUCUAGACGUUCAUUUGGAGUUUGAGGAACCUCUCCGGACUCCAGAUGUACCUACCCCAGAUGCACCAAGACUUGGUCCUAUUUCCUUACCACCAAUGACACCGCUUGGUACACCUGGUCCUGUCACACCCAGUGGAGUAGAGACUCGAUGGCCUUCUAUGCUCACAGACGAGAACGGCUUGAUGUACCGUAUUGUCGCUACGCCCCGAGACUUAGCGUACGAUGCCAUUGGCUACUUCCAGUCAAUCGUUAUACCCCCAACUCCUAAUGCCAAUGCUUCGAUGGAUCCCGCCAAGGAGCAAAAGCCAAGUCCAGUGGACCGACCCGCUGUACCGGUUGCCGAUGCUGCUCGGGUUGCUGCAGAGCAAGCCGAGUUCAAUGAGAAGAAAUGGGUAUGGGUUCCAGACGAGGAGAGUGGCUAUCUUGCUGGCUGGGUCAUAGAAGAAGACGAUGACACUGCGGAAGUCAUAAUGGCCGCUGGAGGCGAA